GUCCUGGUCAAGUGAAACAGGUGAAGUUUAAGAUCUACAAGCGACUGUUUCCCUUAAAUCGAUGAUAUUCCGCCGAUUAAUCAUGGUAACAAGUAGACAUUACUUUCUUUCUUCUGAGAGAACAUAAAAACCAGCUCUAUAAUGUACCUCACUAACUUGUAAUGGAAGAAAUUACCCAUUCUCCGGAGAUCAAACCUCAUUAUUGUUUUACUUUUCAGAGGAAAAGAUUUCCCAUUUUCUGCUUUUGCUUGAAAAAUGAAGUUUUAUUCUCUAUUCCUAGAAAGACUUGGUCAAUAUCACAGAAAGGAGAGAUGUGGCAACACUGGGAAACUGGCUCGUUUCUGCUUGUAUUCAAUUCUUGCGACCAUCAUUCUCAGCUUCUUCCUCUAUUUCCCAUAUCUAUUGAGUCCAUUGCCCAGAUGUGACUUUAAACAACAGUAUGCACCAGUUGUAGGACACCAAGAAUAUGGGAUUGCGAAUUGUGACUUGUUUAAGGGUCAUUGGGUACCGGAUGAUAGAGGAUCACGUUAUACAAACUCAAGCUGUGCAACAAUUCCGGAAUCAAAUAAUUGUUUCAAGCAAGGGAGGAAGGACAAUGAUUUUCUCAAAUGGAGAUGGAAACCUAACGAAUGUGAUCUUCCAAGGUUUGAUGCCAAGGUUUUCUUGGACAUGAUUCGCGGAGACAAAAUGGCAUUCAUUGGUGACUCUGUUGCUAGAAACCAAAUGGAAUCGCUUCUCUGUCUGUUGGCUCUGGAGGAAGUUCCGAAAGACGUUUACAAGGAUCCUGAAGACAGGCUCCGGAUAUGGCAAUUUCCUGAGUAUGACUUCACCCUUAUGACCCUCUGGUCUAGAUUUCUAGUAGUUGGAGACCAUAAAGUGAUCAAUGGUUCGUUGGAAUUCGAAAAUCUGCAUCUUGACAAGAUUGAUGAAAGUUGGAUGACAAACCUCCCUACACUUGACUAUGCAAUCAUUGCAGUUGAGCAUUGGUUCUUCAGGCCGAUUUACUUAUAUGAAGGGGAAAAAAUAGUAGGAUGUGUUUAUUGCCAGGACUCAAGUAUUACCAAUGUUGGCGUCAAAGGAGCCAUCCAAAUGACCUUUCGAGCAGCAUUUAAUUACAUCAAUGACUGCAAUGAGUGUCGGGGCAUAGUGACAGUUGUGAGGACAUAUUCACCAUCUCAUUUUGAAUAUGGAGGAUGGAACACUGGAGGAAGCUGCAACAGGACAAGUCCUAUUGGUGAAGGAGAAAUUGGUUUGGGAGGUGAAGAAUGGGAACUGAGAAGAAUUCAGGUGGAAGAAAUUCAAACAGCUAGAAAGGAAGGAAACAGGAAAGGCAAGAGCUUUGUCACUAUGGAUGUCACGAAAGCAAUGAUGAUGAGACCUGACGGGCAUCCAGGUGAAUUCUGGGGUAAUAAAUAGAUGAAGGGUUAUAAUGACUGCGUCCAUUGGUGCUUACCGGGUCCAAUUGAUGUCUGGAAUGAAUUUUUGAUGGCGAUUCUGGAAAAAGAAGCUGCGUUAAUUUCUUCUUAAGGAGGCGGCCAAAUGGAAAAAACUGUCUGAGUCGCACAUAUUUAUACAGUGUCAGUUUUCUAUGUAAAUAAUGUUUUUUUAUUGCCCACCUGGAAGAUGUAAAAAUUAGUAGAUCAAUCAUCUAAUUAAUCUGUUUCAAAAAGAAAAGGAGCAUCUAUAUGUCAAUAACGCAGUUUAGCUUCAUGGAAUCGACUGUGAAUACUCAA